AAAAUAGUAGUCACUGAUCCAUUUCUUUUCAAUGCACCAUCGCAUGAACGGUGCUAUGUUAGCGUUUCAAGCGAAGAAAACAAACGUCGGGGGGAGUCUCUAAAAUUUCAACACUUUAUUAGGCAAAAUGAAACAAAUACACUUGAUAUUACACUCCUCCUUCAACAUUAGCACAUUGUCUUUUGCAAACCUCCUCAUUACACAGAUUCAUGCAUUUCCUGUUUUGUAGCACAUGCUCUCCUGACUCUGCAGUCUGACGGUCUGUUUUUAAAACCACCAGCACAGAAGAAUGUAGACUCUGUAUUGUUUUCCUUUGCUGGCACGUCUCUGCUCUGACCUGGGAUGAUUUAGGACACAAAUCACUGCAGAUAGAGGUACGUUUUAUGUCAUUUGCUGCAAUUAAUUUCUCAAUUUUCAAAAUCUCUGUCAAUGUGUUAAAAUUUAUCAUGAAGCCUUAAGUCUCAUGCUUGUCUCAGUUUAGUUAGAGGUACAAUUUUAUAUGUUUUACAACUUUUUAUACUCAAGUUUUUGUAGAAACAAGCUGCAGUUAUGCAACUUCCAUCAGAUCUAACUGUUGUUCAAGCUCUGCAGAUUUCCAGUUCCCCAUCUAUAAAACUAGAUCACUGACUUGAUGAAAUGAGGUAAUUAACCCCAUCAAUACGAACAUGUGCUUUAUAAGUGUAGCCUUCAUUUAAGCGAUUUUAAAGUAAAAAGGAGCAGCAGAGAUUGGUGCUUUGUCAUUAAUAAGUUUGCAUGGCAGGACUGGAAAAUAUAAGGCGUCACUAUACAAUAGAAGAACACCUGCUUCCUUAGUUGAUAUGACUGCCUGCAGGAGCUGGAUGUGCCAAACACAGAAAAGCUGCCUGUUUUCCUGCUGCACUUUUGCACAUGGUUGAAUAGCUGCAUGUAGUUAUUCCAUGAUCAGAAGUCUGUAAGUUUAAACACGGUGUGCAGUUAGAGUUGUGUGGUAAAUUGGUGACUGUUUCUUUUGUAUUGAUCUACCAAGAGUCCCAUUUUGCUGCCCUGAGGCGCAGUUUCUCCAUGAUGCAUCCAUUUAAAUGAAAUAAUCCACAUUAUGUUGCAGCUAAUUGGAGCACAGAGAGUAUAUGCAUAUGGAUGUUGUGAUUUGACUUUUGGUUAAAACAUCGUCUGUGCGCCUGUCCAGUUCAAGAAAGACCUUAAAGGAAACAAGAGGACGGAAAAGGCUUUUUCCUGUCAUGAUGGACACAGGUGAACAAUGUCAUUCCGUCGUGUCACUAACAGCGGUCACAGUGACAAAUCUAUCACAGCUGGGCAUAUAAUAAUAACAGCUUCCAUAUCCUGGAGGGAAAAUGAACCUCCUGGGAGUGAUCCUAGCUUUAAAAGCAAUCGGUGCUGCAGGGAUAAACAUAUUUUUAUGGCUUUAAUCACCUCAAUGAAGCUAUCUUUUUAUUUUCUAAAUGGAGAUUGUGGUUUUGCCACAAAGGCUUCUGGCGGAGGAGCCCUUGUGGGUGAAACUUUAAACUGCACACAUCAUUUUUAAUCUUAGGUCCUCUUACUCUCGUGUGGUUAGGUCAUUUUAUUGUCUGUGUUUUGAGUGUUCAUUUUUUACUCUUAUGUAUGCUUUUGCUACUAAAACAUUAUUAUCCCUCUUCAUAAUUGUUCUUUUUACUGCGUGGCCCCUGCGGUUUUAUGUUUGUUGUCAAAUGCUUCUGCACCCUGACUACGGUUGCUAUGCGAUGAGUUGUGAGUCAAUACCAGAAAUUUCAGGUUUCUUCCCAAACUGUUGUACUUACUUUCGAUGUAAAAGUACUUUGUUUAUUCUUUAACCUCUACUAUGAGACUCUUACGUGCCACAUCUUUGUCGGUUGACUCUCGCUGGGGUUAAAGAGGAACAUGCCCUCUUGUAAGACUCAACACCAUGCCACUUUUGAGUCACGUAAAAUCUGGUGUCAGCAGCAGAUUUUAAGAAUGAAAAAAGAGAAGUUGUGGCUACUGCUCUCUACCAGCUCAUCUCCGGUCCUCUCUAACAGUCUGUGACUCAUGGUUUUGGUAGGAAGUGACAGACUGUAAUUUCUUCUCUGGCAUCUCUGCUCUGGACAUCAGUGUUCAGUCUUCUACUCAGUUGACCGUUUCUGUAAGAGAACAAUAAUGCUUAUAAAGUGUUUGCAGGAACAAUAACAGGAAGCUUGGACGGCUGAAGAGACACAAUAUAUCGGUCUACCGGAAUACAAUAAAAGGGUGUAAGUCUGGCUGUUAUUUCUGGGACUUCCUGUGGGUUUAUCUGCUCUUGUUUCUCUGGGUGUCAUGAUACUUCUGCAGAAGAGGACACAGGACAUGGAGCAGAGCGUGUGCACGGAGGAUCGUAUCGAGCACAUCCUUGAGCGAUGCCUCUCUGAUCUGGGCCUGAACACUCCUGACAAACAGAUCUGGAACGGUAAGACCACACGUUCAUGUAAAUGCCAACUAGAUAUAGGAACAAUGCCGAGAAUAUGACAUGGGUUAGUUAUGUAUGAGUGAUUAAUAAGAGAGAAUCUGUUCUUCAUCAUCCUGAUACACUGCUGUCGAAACUUCUCCAUAUUAUUCAGUGAGGAUGGCUUAGAGCUAAUGCAAGAGAUUUUUACGGUCAGAUCUACAACCCUGUUCCAGUACAGUCAGGACAUCAUAUGAAAUGUUGAUAAAAGCAGAAAUGGAUGGUUUUCAUAUCACUUCAAUUCUAAAUUUAAUCAAAGAAAACGUUGAAACAAAAAAAAAAAUCAUUAUUUUGUGUAAAAAAAUAUGUCUAAAUUUUUUUGAUUAAAUGCCAGAAAACUGUGAACAUUUGGAAAAUCCAAGGAGAUCAGCAUGUGGAGUUUUGAAAGUGAUUUUUCAUUCAGCUGCUCAACAGCUCAGGCUCUCCUUUGUUGUAUUUUUGGGUUUCAUGACGUGCUGAAACUUUUCAGGAGCAGGCAGGCUGCUGUUAAGCAUGUUGGACUCUUCCACUACAGAGUCAUGCGGAUAAAAUGUGGAGUGAUAUAAUGAAUAUUAUUUGUUAGUCUUUCGUCUGUCUUGCGUAAAAUUUUUGAUGCUGCUUUCUUGACAUGGGCUUCCUUAGAAAAGAGAUUUGGUUAGAGGGUCGGUUUAGAUAAGAACAGUAUAAAACUGUCUGGAUGGCAGCAUGUUUCUCCUAAACUUGUAAAUACUGACCAGCAUUCAUGCUGAUUUCACGGAUAGGCUCUUAUGUUAAAAAAUUAACCUCAAUAAAUGGAAGUUGUUCCUACAGGGAUUAUUUUAUGAACCCAAAUUUUGUUUCUCCCUGCUCCAAAUUAAAAAAAAAAGCAUUUAGUUUUCCUAAAACAAUCAAAUUCGUCACAUUUAUCAUUUGUUAUGAAUUAGUAGUUCUAUUCCUGAUCAAAUUUUGUGUUAAACUGAUUUGCAAACCAUCAAAUUAUAUUUUGAUAAGCAUUUUCUUACAUGUCCAAACUCUCUCAGAAUUGGGGUUGUAUACUGAGAGUACUCUAAAAGUGCAGCAAGAGGAAAACAGCAGACUUUUUAUGGUGUUUUUUUUUUUUUUCCUGUAGUAUUGCAUUUGUUUUGUUCAGAAAAUUUGUGCUGCCAGCACAGAAAAUGGGAAAGAAUUUGUUAAAAGCUCCAUAGAGCGCAGAUUCAUUGCUUUAUUGAUAUUUUGUCCCAAUAAUGUUGUAAAAUCACCAACAUACUCCUAUAGAUAACCAUCAGAGAACAUAAUGUUCAUCCUGUAGAGACAAAUGAGAAUUGAAAGUGAAGACAAACAGAAUGAGGAGUGACAGACUGUGGGCAGAGUGUCACAUUUGUUCACGUGAGGUCGAGUCUGAAAUAAUAUUUACAAAAUCAGAUUAUGAACUCGUCAAUAAGAAAAAAGGGGUUUCAUCACUGUUCUUCUUGUGUUCAGGGACUUUCUGCAUAUUACUUUUUAGCAUUCGUGUGUUUACUAAAGAUCAUCAGAGUGAAACCAAAAAGGAGAAGUAAGUUUGGUUCACUUUGUGUGUCCUUGUCUGUCUGACUAGCGGGGUUAUGUAUAAACAACUGGUGUUUGGAGGAACUUGUGAAGAGAGAUCCCCGCAACUUCCUCAUACUCCUUCAGAAAAUACUGCAGAAAACAAAAGAGGUAAAGAGCUAACAACCAAAGUUAUUUUCCUAGAGUGUUUAGUGUAAUAAAGUGAAUGACAGAGUGUCUGUCUUUACCUGUUACAGGUGCUGGAGCAGUGCCAGUAUGAAAUGGUCGCUCCUCUCACUCUCUUGUUCUCCUCAAGUCUACUAAAAGUGAGUAGGGGUCGUUUCAAAUCAGUACAGGAACAAACCUUUUCUAUUUCCCUUUUCCAUAUAAAUUGCACAAUCCAAGUGAUUCACAUUUAACCUGAUAAGUUUUUUGGGGGGGUUGUUUUUGUUUUUUCAUACAGGCUCCGUAUGUUUCUGCAGACUGUGGUGUGCUGCAGGAGGCCUACCUGCUGUUCCACAGUUUUCUGUCUUGGCCUGAGCCCUGCUGCUCCGCCAGUAAACACCUGCUGAACAUCAUCCAGCAGGAACUCAGAGCACCAGGUAGGACAGAAGACCUUAUGCACUGUAGAGAAAAACCCUGGCAUCACUAAAUACACGCUGAGCAAUAAACGGCUAUUAGACGUCUAGUUUUUUUUUUUACCUAAUUUUAAUCGUCUAGAUUCUGUUUAUUUUUAGACAGAAUGUAGACGUUGCACUUUAACACUUUAUUCGAUAAUUAUUUCUGAUCUCCAAGUACUAAACCAAAAUAACUAUGAUAGCCAUUGAGCAAUAUACAGUGCAGUAUAGAUAGAUAGAUAGAUAGAUAGAUAGAUAGAUAGAUAGAUAGAUAGAUAGAUAGAUAGAUAGAUAGAUAGAUAGAUAGAUAGAUAGUACACUAACAAAGACAACAACAACAAGUGCACCUCUGCAGACCAGUCAAGUGGAGUAAAAUCAGUUAAAACCGGUAUAAAAAGUGCAAUAAAUGCAGUUGUGCUAGCAGUGCAAUAUGUAUAUAGUGUUGAGGUGCACGGGUCCUCAAUUCAGGUUUUGUUAAACAGUCUGAUGGCUGUUGGAAGAGAGGACCAGCCCAGAUUCAGACUUGAUCUAAACUUAGACGUCUAAAAACCUUUCAUUUUUAGACCUGUGGUAGCCUGAUUUUAGACCAGUCAUCUAGGCUACAUUUAGACGUCUAUUUGACCUCUUUUAGACCAAAAAAUGCUCAGUGGGUAGGUGGUUAGCUUUACAAUACAAUACUUUACAAUACCUUACAAUACUUACAAUAUCCACUUUCAAACUGUUUUUAUCACCCCAAGAAAUCUCAAUUUGAAUCUCUCAGACAUGUUUCUAAAUUAAUUAACAAAGAUAUGCUUGACAUAAUGCUAUAGGGAUAUAAAGGGUUAAUGAAAUAAUGGGAAACACAGCUGUGCAUUUCUGAAUGUAAUCGUGUGGCCAAAGGGGGGCUGUGUUAAACUCAUGAUGAACUGAACUGUCUUAUUCUUGUUUUAGGUAUUUCAUUUCAAAGGCUAAUACGGUCAGAGCAGGGUAUUUCCCCUGAGGUCCACUGCUCCAAAACCAUGUAAGUUCAAUUGGAUUUGGGUGAUUGCUGAAAUGACUGCCGUAUUAAACGAGCAUGGUUAAUAUUUCACACUUCCUUCUGGCACUUUAGAAACUACAUCUUUAAUUUAGGGUGAAGACUGAGACAUUAUUCUUUGUAUUUUCACAUCCUCUCUUAACUUGAUGCAUUUGGUCUGUGGUUUUAUUUCACAAGAACUCUCCUGUUGGUGAGCCCAGAUGAGGACGUCCCACAGGAGGUCAAGUCUGUCUCAGAGCAGCUGAGUAGAACCCACAAUUCCAGCAGAGACGUCACCAUCCUCCUCAUCCUGCAAGGCUUUCAAGCAGUCCUGGGCCCAAAAACCCUCAACCUGCAGGCUCUCCAUGAUGCCCUACAGGUGACUGAACAAUGUCUGGGCACACAGUUCCUCCUCAGUUUUCUGUUGUUUCUAAGACUUGUUAUUUUCCAUCAGAAAAAGCAAGGAGAGGCGCUGCAGAGGCUUUGGGAGACGGUGACUGACAGCAUGGAGAGAGCAGCCUCUACAGCAGACCUGAGCGCAGCCAGACGAGAUCUACUCCACAGCAUGGAGAGGCUCAAAGACGGCCUCGCUGUUCCUGAUAACAAAUGCAAAGACACUGGUAAUGGAGAUGUAAACAUUAAGUUCUGUGGACACAGGAGAAACUCAGAUAAAAUGCAUGAUGAUACAGUAUAUUACUAGUUUUAGUUUAACCUGCUCUGUGCCACUACAGAAACAUGGUGCUAGAUGGCAGCCUCUGUGGAAGAGGACCCACUUGUUACAAACAUGAAAAGCUCACUUUAAAGGGAUAUUCUGGCGUAAAAUUAAUUGAGGGCCAAACACACCGUAACUAAAAAGUUAGACUACCCCUGUAAAGAUCAAUGUUGCCGACUGCUUGCUUCUCUAGUUAUUCCAACUUUAGUAACGACCACAUGAUAGCAAUAUGCAGCGGUCUAUGGAACCACACACAAGCCUCAACCAAAACACCACUCUUUAGCCACAAAUAAUGCUUAACACAACAUCUAACUUCAUCAACAGUACAUAUAGGGUCCCAGCCAUAGUACUAGCCAUCAAACAUCUUUGUAACUUUGCAUAAUUUCUUUAGCAAAGAGACGAAACACAACUCACCUACUCUCUUCCAGCAGCCGAUUGUUUGUAGCAAGACCUUAGGCCAGUCCAUUACGAACUGCAGUGGGGUGACACAGCUCAAGGAAGAACAUUUAUGGUCAUUACUUUAUCAUUUCCUUGAAGUAAUAAUCAUAGUGGUUCUUUUGCCUUGGCGUCUCAUGAUCAUGAUAAGUCUGUUCUCUAAAUGCUGCUAAUUGCUGUGAUCUACCUUUAAGAAGUCAAAAUAUUUUAUUUUUCUUAGUAUGUAAUGGCAGCAACUGAGCAAUUCAAGAGCAAAAUGUCAAAAAAUAUAUAUCUAAAGCAUCAACAUCAUUGCAAAAUACAGUUUUAUAUAACGCUCUUGCAUGUUUUCUUGUUAUUAGAACAAUUCUGAUUCCAAACUUACUCAAAACUUUAAAGACAGACUGCAGAUUUUACCAGGAUAAAAACAAGAUUAUCCAUUUUUUUGAUAAAAUAAUUGAAGAUUUGAUCCAGUCUAGUAGCUGUUUUACUUACAGUACCAGGUUCAGAUCAUAAAGAGCAUAUUUUUGUGUUGAGUUUUCCCUCUGAAUCUGUUGUUUAACAUUAUUCUCCGACAGCUAAUGCUCUCAUGACCUCAAUAUCACCUCCUUCUUUUAGGGUCUGCUGAGACGUUCACGCUGCCUCUCCCUAAAUGUCACACCUGCUCCUGGGAAAACAACAACUUUGGUAACUAAUCCACUCUCUGAACACCUCCAUCACUCACUUAAAAUCUGUCUUUGACUCUUUUUGAUUGUUUUUCUCCUAAAUUUUUAUUCAGAUAUUCUGCAUCACAUCCUUGCCAUCGAGUCUGACCUGGAUUCACCUCCAGACUGCUUCAUACAGGAUGAGGAGGACAACAACAACAACAACACAAGUGUGGAUGAGGAAGACGACUCGGACACGACCAGAAUCGAGCAAGAGUUUCUAAACAACCGCAACUCUUCUGCAUCCUCUUCUUCCAGAGACUCGGGUAACUUCCUGUCCUCCAGCUGGUCUGCGUUCUCCACGCCGUCUUGUUCAUCGGGGGUGGAGAGUGACUUCAGUGAGGACACUCCACAAGACGACACAGAGGAGAGACAAGACAACAGACCGAGGCUGAGAAAGAAACCUAAAAAGAAGUCCAGAUCCAUUUUAGGUGUUGAGCGCUUCAGCUCGCUUUUCAGGGCCCCUCGUAGCCCGAGUAUUUGUCGCAGAGCUCAGAGUAUGGGUUUUCACGGUGACUUUACCAAAGACCUUCAAAGAAACGGAUCACAGCUCAAACACUCAAGGUCUUUGUCCAGAAAAGUCCAUCCCCUGCAGAUGUCUGCCGUUCCCUCUGAUGAACUGUCUCCUCAGAAACACGUGUGCAUGCGCAGGAGGCCAAUCCUGAGCUGCGAUGAAGGUGAUGUGGACGAGGUGCCCACUCUGGUGAAAGUGGUCGUGUUUGGAGGAGAUAAAGACGCAGGCAGGCUGGCGAGGGCGUACAGCGACCUGCAGCAACGAGAGAGUAAAUGUCCAAGACUCACAAAGACGUGCAAACUGCAGUUUUACUUUGUCCCCACCAAAAGAAGAACAAUAGGACGCACAGGAGGACACUCUACGGGUGAAGGACAGACUGUAAGUUCAACCAAAGCUGCACGUUUUACUGUCAUAUCACACAUCUAUCUAAAAACACUCAUGCAGUAAGUUAUACAGUACAUGUGCAGUACAAUGGAGCUGUCUGUGUGAUCAUUUUUAGCAUUUGACACAUUGUCUUGUUUAGUUUUAACAUCGGCUAGAAAUGCAAAUCAUCAGAAUAUGCUUCAUCAAUAUUUGUAAUUACUGAAGUACAUAACUCAACUAAAAGACACGGUAUAUUUGAAAAGAGAUAUCCUGCCCAGGUUUUGUUUUGUCACCCUAAUCCAUCAUUCUUUUACUAUAAUUUAUUGAUUUUAACAAUCAGGGGUUGGAGCUGCUUGUCUGGAGCACUUUUCCAAAAGCUCAGGGGUCAAAUUUUUAAUUGAAGAGACGCUUUCUGAAAAGCUUGAGAGCUAAAAAGUCAAAGCAGAGUCAGAUAGGAAAUGAAUUCAACUGAUGUAAAGGAAAUUAUACUCUUUAUGUUUUUCUCCUGUAGGAGUGUAAUGGCAGCACACAGGAGGACAGUACGACGGAUAUAGCUCAGCUGUUAGGCAGGAUCGACCCUUGGUAUGAAAGGAACGUCCUCAACCUGCUCAGUCUGUCCUCUGAAGUCCUCUGUCAGGUAUCCUCGACUCUAACACCCUCAUCUGUCUCUCUCUUUGCUGAAGGUGCUUUUGGUGUUUCUGCUCUUUCAUCCAGGUCCAAGUAACAGCUUCAUCUUACCCUAGAGUAUUUUUUGAGCCUGGAAGAUGAUAAAAAUGACUUGUUGGUGUAAUUUCUGCUUGAUAAGACUCAGUUUUGUCCUUUUUGUGAACAUUUUAUAACACUCUCUACAGCCAGGACCCCUUGCAGAAUAGAUUUUAAUUCCCUGUGAAAUAAAGCUUGAUUAUGUGUUUUUUUUCCAUGAAUCAGACCGCCUGCAAAGAAGCUGAUGAGUCAGUGAAUUGCACAGAGAGGCUCCCCCUGCUGGCUGACCUGGUGCUUUAUUACUGCAGACAUGCAGAGCAGCAAGUUCUGGUGCAGCUCUACCAAGCUGAGGUGAGAUAAAACCACACACACACACACACACACACACACGCACACACACACACACACACACACACACACACACACACACACACACACAAACGUGAAUAGUAAUGUUUCUGUUUCCUUGCGUUCAGCUGACUCUGGUUGGAGGAGAGAGGAGGAGGGAGGUGUUUAUUCACUCUCUGGAGCUCGGACACACUGCAGGAACAAGAGCAGUGAAGGCCAUGGGUGAAUCACACACACAAACACACACAACUACCACCCAGUGGGGAAAAAAAGUAAAAAAUAUCAAUAAUCAAAGCAUCACUAGGAAUUACACCAUGGUCUAGGUGAAUACUUGAUACUUGAUUCUGAUUGGCUGCUUGGUUUGAAUUAAAUGUGAUUUUUGGUCAGCUUUUGGAAAAAUUUCUUGGAAGCUACUUUUGAUGUGUCUAAAAUAAAUAAAGAUCAAUUCAAAUCAAGACUUUGCAUUUUAGAUACAGUCUGAUACUUUUCACCAAACACAUCAACAUAGAACUUAACCAGAAUUUCAUCUGUUGACAAGAUUAAAUGCACACUCUCCAGUCAGUCAGGAUACAGUAUUCAGUAGUUUGAACUCUAACCUGUGUUUGAUUAAUUUGUAGGUUCUGCCAGCAAGAGAUUUGGAAUUGAUGGAGACCGAGAGGCUGUGCCUUUAACUCUCAAAGUUGGCUACAACAAGGUAUUGUCAACAUCUUUAAUGUCUGUUUAUAACAUACGAUCAUUUUAGCUGUGUUACUUUGGUGUUGACACUUACCAGCUACUGUUGUGGGGUUUUAAGUUCGCUGUCUAUAACAUCUGUCCAUGCUGCACCUGAUUACAGGUGGCUGUAAGUGGGCGGAGCCAGUGGACCCAGACAGAGAUGGUUUGCACGUCACUUAAUCUUCACAAAGCCUGCAGAAAACCUGAGCAGCUAGGUGAGUGGCAAGCAAUCCCACCCCCAUGCAACCAACUUCUAUGGCAGCUAAAGAAGGGUGGGGGUCUCAGAGGGUGUAGAGGGGAGGCUGUGGGACUUCUACUGGGAAGGGUCAGGACCAAGUUCAAGAGGAGACUCUUCCAAGAGAUCAAGAUUCUCACUCAGAUUAAGUUGCCAUAGUUUCCUGUGCACAAAACAAUAUGACAAUAUGACAAGCACAGAAAUUAUGCUGACAUCUAGUGUUUCAACUGAGUAUUGCAGGGCAACAAGUGCACAAAAGGGUUAGAGUGCCAAAGUAAAAAUCUUUAAAUUAGAUGUUGUGGAGGUUUAUUUGUGUUCACUGUUAAGUCUUUAUCUCAUGUGUUCAGAUUCAAGAUUAGAAAGCCUGCAGCUGACAAUGACAGAGGUCCUGAAGAGGCAGAGCUCCAAGUCCAAAAAGGGCUACAACCAGGUGAAGACUGAUCUUACAUUUGAUUCAUUUAAAGGGUAAUCUCCCCUUACAAGUCUUUUCUGCCUUCUUGCAGCACAUCUCCAUCUCAGAAGUGAAGGUGGAUAAGGUGCAGGUGAGCUGUGUAGAAAACGGGACAACCUUCGCUGUGUGUUUGGAUCAGGAUGAGAAAAAGUUCAUCCAAAGUGUCACCAGGUACAGACGAACAAGUCAUUCACUAUUUUACAAGAAGCUUAGUUUCCAUAUACUGUUACAGCACCCAGUGUAACCCUUCAUUCUCUGAUUCUGCAGGUGUGAGGUGUCUCUCUGCUGUAAACCAGGAAGCGGUUCAGACUGGAGGUCUUACAAACCCUCACCGGGCCAAGUCCAGCCUCUGCACCCGUCCUACUGCUCACUGCUCUGCCUCCCCAUCACCUCCUUCUCCUCCUCUUAUCCCUGAUACACAUUCAACUGUACCCUAAACAAUACAGGCAAAAUGACUUUACCACACAACUCCAUUUUCCCCAAACUGGUAGACAUACAACUGUAUUUGGUUAAAAUUUAGACUCAUUCCCCUUAAAUUUAUGUUUUUAUCCUAGAAUAUUCAAGACUUUUUGCAGUCAUAUUCACAAAAACACAUUUUCUUUUCAUCAAUAAUGUGGCCUUAAUGUUCUUUUAGAGUUUAAAACUUCCAAAAAAGUUAACAAUAAACUAUGAUUUUCCUCAAAAAUACAGCUUUUACACCUUAUAAAUAAAAGAAAACUCUCAGAAGUAUGUAUAAAUGUGAGCGUGGACUGAUAAUGAGAUUUUUGGAGACUUUACUGUAUCAGGCUGUCAUGAAUUUUACUCAUCAGGACUGUUUAUUUUCUGCUGACAGAAGCAUUAAACUGAUUACUUGAUGACUACUAAGUACGAUCUGUUCUAUUUGAAAUGUUUAAUGUAAUAAGCUAUUUAUUUUAAAGUUAAAGAAAAGAAAUUAUGUUUGAUAUAUAUGUAAUCAUUUUAUGAUGUAAAAUUUACAUAAAUGCAAUAAAGUUAUGUUUCAAUCA